CUUUUUCGAAAAAAAAAAAAAAUAUUUAUAUAUAUGAACAAAUAAAAAAAAAUUUUGUUCUGGUGAUAAAUAUGGCCUCAUUAAAUGAAUGGAUUGACCUGAAAAUAAAGGAUGGUGACAUAAAUUAUUUUGAGUAUGAUGAAUUUACUAAUAUAGAAAAAGUUGGUGAAGGAGCAUUUGGAAUUGUGAAUAGAGCUGAUUGGAAAAGUGGUGAGAUCAAGGUAGCAUUAAAAGUUCUUACAAGACAUUCUACAGUUGGUGAAAAUAAUAUGAAAAAGUUUCUUAAAGAGUUAAAUAAUUUAAGAAAAGUUUGUUUUCAUCCAAACAUAAAUCAAUUUUUUGGAAUUACAAAAGAACCGAUAUCAAAUAAUUAUAUGAUGGUAUUACAAUAUGCUAAUCAGGGGAAUUUAAGAGAGUAUUUAAAGAAUAAAUUUAAUUCAUUAGAGUGGAAUGAUAAAAUUCAAUUAUCUUUAGAUAUUACACGUGGGUUAAAAUGCUUACAUUCAAGAAAAAUAAUUCAUAGAGAUCUGCAUGCAAAAAACAUAUUAGUUCACAAAGAUAAACCAAUGAUUGCGGACCUUGGAUUAUCUAAACAGUUGAGUGCUGAUACUACAUCAAGUUCAACAGUUUAUGGAAUGCCAGCAUAUAUUGAUCCACAAUGCUAUAAAAAUGAAAAUUAUAUAAGAGAUAAAAAAUCAGAUAUUUACAGUUUAGGAGUUCUUUUAUGGGAAAUAACAAGUGGAUGUCCACCUUUUUCAAAAAGCCCAGUUCACAUUGUAAACAUUAAGGUUGCUAGUGGUAUUAGGGAACAACCGAUAAUUAAUACUCCUUUAGCCUAUGUGAAUCUUUAUAAAAAAUGUUGGGAUGAUAACCCAGAUUUAAGACCAACUGUUGAUGAAGUCUUUGAUAUAUUGGAAAGGAUUUCUCUACAGGAUUUACAGGAUAACACUAUUACUAAUAAUGAAAUUAAUCCUAAUAUUAUAAAAGAUUUAAAUAAAUUAAUUUUAAAUUCUAAUAAUUCGGAUUUGACUAAUCAAGAUGAUUCACAAUCAUCACAAUUAAUAGUAUCAACUAAUAUCGAUUUAUCACAACAAAUAAGUACACCAUUAUCAUCCGUUUUACCUAGCAUUAAUGAAGAUGAAAUUGGAUUAAAUAAUACUUUAAACGAAAUUAUAAUUGCUUAUAUAAAUUAUAAUAACAAGGGAGAGACAAGAAAUUUUAAUUUUGAUAAGGUAUUAAGAAAAUAUGAGUCAAAAUCAAAAGAAAUUUUUAAUUAUCUUUUGAGUAAUCCGAAUAUACAGCAUCAUAAAGUGAUGGUUGGUAAAUUUUACAAUGAAGGAUUUGGAUGUAGUAAAGAUGAUUAUAACAAAGCUCUUGAAUGGUACAUUGAAGCAAGUCAGCAAAAUGACAUAAAUGGUCAUUAUGAAGUCGGUCAUUUCUAUUUCAGUGAGGGUAAUUAUGUAAAAACAUUUGAAUAUAUUAAUCUUGCUAUUAAUAAUGGAUUAAAUAUAGCUUUACGUUUUCUCGCAUAUUGUUAUAAAUUUGGUUAUGCGGGAUUGGAAACUGAUUAUAUUAAAGCAUUUGAAUUAUAUAAAACAUUAUCUGAGAAAGGAUUUAUACCUUCUCAAUACGAAUUAGCUAAAUGUUAUAAUAAUAGUAUUGGUACUCAAGAAGAUAAAAAUGAGGCUUUAAAAUGGUAUAAAUUAUAUCAAAAAAAUGAUGGAGAAUGUGAUGUAACGUCCACAAUCGUGGAUAUUGAAAAUGAACUGGAACAAAAUAAAUAAAUUUGAAUAUGUAAUUUAAUUUACUCAACAUAUUUAUUGUCUAAUCGUUAAUAUAUUAUAUGAAGUUAAAUAUUGUUAUUGUAGUAAUUAAAAGAAAUCUUGAUUGUUUAUAAAUUAAGAGAUAUUUUAUAAUUAG